AUGGGCUUCUGGCAGAUCGCAACUUCGACUCAGUUCUACCUCUAUGGCAAGCGCCACUUCACCAGCAGCGGCUGGGAAACGCAUCAGGCGAGCUACGCCAAGCCGGACUUGCUGGAGACUGCACUUGAUCUUGCUGGCCGCGUGUACAUUGUGACGGGGUCCAACUCCGGCAUCGGCAAAGAGAUCGCGCAGUUCUUGGCAACCAAAGGUGCAACGGUCUACAUGCUGUGCCGGAGCAAGGAGAGGGCAGAAUCUGCCCGUGCGGACAUUGUUGCAAAAGCUGGAGGUAACGCGGAAGGCCGUGUCCAUGUUCUGCUGGCGGACUGUAGCCUCGAGACCGAUGUUCGCCGGGUUUGGGAUGACUUCUGCGAGCACAGCGUUGCCCAGAGUGGCAACCCGACACAUGUUCGGCUGGACGGCUUGGUAUGCAACGCAGGUGCCUUGGCCAACGAGAAGACGAUGACCUCCGAGGGCAUUGAGCUCACCUUUGCCUCGCAUCUCCUUUUCGGCACCUACCUCUUGGGCAGCCUGGCGAUGCCGGUCCUGGAAGCAACAGAGGGCUCCCGUCUGAUUGUGGUCAGCAGUGGCGGUAUGUACAACACUGCGUUUCCGAAGUGGGAGAAUGCCACAUCAACAGGCACUGAGAAGUACGACGGACAGUUUGCCUAUGCCUACGCAAAGCGAGGGCAGGUCCUGCUGUGCGAGCAAUGGUCCGAGCUCCAUCCCAAGGUGAAAGUGGUCAGCUGCCACCCGGGCUGGACUUCUACCCCGGCUGUGGAGGAAGCGUAUGGCUCGAGCAAAUCCUAUUUGGAGCCGAUGCGAAACACGUGGCAGGGUGCUGAAGGCAUCGUCUGGCUGUGUGUGGCAGAUGCAAGCAAGAUCGAGGGUGGUGCUUUCUACUUGGACCGGGAGCCGCAGGUCAAGCACAUGGGAGGCGCUUUCUUCACCGAGGGCACCAUCACCAAGAACUCCCCAGGGGAGGUGGCUGACAUGAUGCGCCUCCUUGAGGACUGGGCCAAUGGCCGACGCGACACAGCCACGCGCGUCGCUGCAGCCCCCCUCACUGCUAUGGCCUCCCCGAUAGAGCUGCCAAAGUUUAUGGGCACCUGGUAUGUAAUCGCCAACAUUCCCACCUUCUUCGACAGAGGCACUACUCACAACAUUGAGCAGUACACCCUUGAUGAAGGAGGAAAGAUGGUGCACGUCGACUUCACCUACCGGAAGGCCUCUGGCAAACCUGCACUGCUUCAGCAGCGCGCUGAGGUCGUGAACGAGGCUUGCACUCAGUGGGCCAUAUCGCCCAAGCUUGGUGUAUUCCUGCCCUUGAGAAUUGCCUACCUCGUAGCAGACUGUGCAGAGGACUAUUCGACUACCAUCAUCGGAGUGCCAGACAAGUCCUACGUCUGGAUCAUGGCCAGAACGCCGACUGUGGACCAGGCAACGUACGACGCGCUUAUGGCCAAAGCCAGGUCUUUCGGCUACGACACAUCUAAAAUCCUGCGGGUUGCCCAAGACUGA